AGUUUCAAAUUGGCUGGGAAGGAACUAUACACAACCCCACACACACACACACUGGAUUCCGUGUCGCUUCUCUUUGAGAGGGGGGGAAGAUGAGCUCGGGGGACGUUGUUUGCACUGGCUGGCUCAUCAAAUCACCCCCCGAGAAGAAACUGAAGAGAUAUAAAAGCGAGACCACACUACUAUCAAUGAGGCCAGAAGCUCUAGAAGUUGCCAAGUUUAAUAUUCUCCAAGCAUGGCGGAAGCGCUGGUUUGUGCUCCGCAGGGGCCGCAUGAGUGGGAACCCAGACGUUCUGGAGUACUACAGAAACAACCAUUCAAAGAAACCCAUUCGGAUCAUAGACCUUAACGAAUGUGAAGUGCUGAAGCAUUCAGGGUCCAACUUCAUCAAGAAAGAAUUCCAGAAUAACUUUGUCUUCAUUGUGAAAACCACCUACCGCUCCUUUUACUUGGUGGCGAAAACGGAGGAGGAAAUGCAGAUAUGGGUGCACAACAUCAGCCAGAUCUGCAACUUUGGACACUUGGAAGAUGGCACAGAUUCUGUGGAGAGCCUGUCUCACACCACCUCGUCCCUCCAGCCCUCGCCAGCCGUCUCCACCCAUACCUCAAGGAUCACAGACCCCUCCUCCUCUGUAGGCAGUGGCACCACAGACGCCUCUGCUUCCGAAGAGACCAGGAGUGAGUCGGAGUCAGUCUUCCUCCCCGAUUACCUCUUCCUAUCAAACUGCGAGACGGGCAAGUUCAAUCAUAUCAGAUGUGACAGCUGGUCGAAUUCUGACAGAUCCCUGGAGCAGACCUCAUCAGAUGAUGUUUUCGUUGAUGCCUUGCAGUCUCAACCCUCCCUUCACGUACAGUCAUCCAGCAACGGCAUUGUGCACCAGGAUGGGGGCCAGCCAGCAAAUCAUGGGAUUAUACCCAGAAGCAUAGACUUUAGCGGGCCGUUCAGUGAUGUCCCCUCCUCCUCUCCACUCUUAGGGCCUCCUUUAACACCAACCUUUCAGAUUGACAAAAGCCAGACUGCGCUGCCCUAUGGCGUAACCGAACUGGAUAUUUUAUCUAACACCCCACCACCCCGGCCACCCAAACCAACCCAUUUCUCAGACAGGAGUGGGGAGGAGCUAUCCAACGGGGCUCUUCAGAAUGGACACGGUGGGAUCUGUGGGACUCAGAUUGCCUUGGUGCCGAGAAGAAUCUCCUUGUCCAGUUUGGAUAAUAUGCGGCACUGGAAAGCCAGCAUGGAAGGAAGCUCUCUCAGAAGUCGAGAUAAGAGGCUUAGUUUGAAUUUGCCAUGUCGAUUCACUCCGCUCUACUCUUCAGCAUCAGACAAUACGGAGGACAGCUAUGUACCCAUGCACCCCAGCACCUCUCCACCCAUCCCAGGACCAGAUUGCUCACCCGAUGGCUACACUCCCAUGAGCCCAAGCUCAGCAGCCUUUACCUUUCCUGUAGUCACCAAUGACAAACUCUCCAGCCCACUGCCGGAACUUCGCACAGACCUGGAACCACCUCCAGUGAAUCGAGAUCUCAAGCCCCGUAGGAAAUCACGACCCCCGCCGCUGGAUCUGAGAAACCUCUCCACAAUCCGGGAACACGCUACCUUGACCAGGAUGUGGACUGUGCCUUACAAUCGAACGAGCUUUAUCUCUCCAGAUAAAGACUGUAUUAAUUCAGCAAGAAUAUUUGGCAAUUCAGUUUCCGGAGAAGAGGAAGAAAGUUACAUUCAAAUGGAGCACAGCCAGGCAACAUCUCCAUGCAGUGGUGCUUUCCCAUGGUCAAAGAAGUCCAACCUUGAUUACUUAGCAUUGGAUUUUAAUUCCGCUUCCCCAUCCCCUGUACAGAAGAAACCUUUUCUCUCGGAAGAGCAGAGAGUAGACUAUGUCCAGGUAGAUGAACAGAAGACUCAAGCCCUACAGAACACUAAACAGGAAUGGACGGAUGUGAGGCAAUCUAAAGUUUAAAGGAGGAAGGGUUGGGGUUUGAUUUUUUGCACUGGAACAACAUUGUUAACCAAACAGCUGUAACAGCAGAGUUCAAAGGCAGACAGAGUGUAAGAUCCUGGUGGUCUCUAGAGGAAUGACAUUUUUAAGGAAAAACCUUCAAGUUCAGCUGGAAAUACUAUGCUGAAUGAGUGGUUUAUAAGAUUAUUAAAGUAACACGUUAGUCUUCUUUGCCACCCCUUGCAAGCAAGUUACAUAGUACAGUUUUAUGGCCUGAUUGCGGGAGCCACACAUUUAAUGGUAACAAAUGCCACUACAUGUUGCAUUUAUCUAUUUAACCCCGCCUUCACCCUGUAUUAGGUAACUCCUUGUUGCUAAGGCUGUUUUUUGAUAUUCUACAAAUACUGCAGGUGCUAAGGCUGCUUAUAGAUUCUGGUAUCGGACAGGUGUUGGUGACUAUUCGACCAAGGGCUAAAAUACUGAAAUAAUAAAAAAACAGAACAUGUUAAUAUAUAUAUAGUGCUUAAGCAAACAGAAUUUUGGAGACUAUUCCCCUCCCGCCCCAGAUAUAAUGUCUGACUUUGAGUGACACUGUUAGAGACUAUAAAUAGGUCUUUGCACUGAUGGAACUGGAAUGCUUGGUAGUCAGCACCCUGACUGACGUUCAUCAUAUUGAAUUUCUUCUUUCUGUUGUGGUUCACGUCAUCACCUUUUCCGUCCAAUUGAUCCUGAUGUUUUCUCUCACGUGUGAGGACUUUCUUCAGCACAACACAGCAGCUCCUCUGACAGGAAGCUGCUGACACACAGUUCUUUGCUGGCCGAAAAUAAAAAAAGGAAGACUCUUCAAGUCUUGGAAAUCCUGGCAAAAUAUCAAAAUUGUUUUUAUCCGAACUGCAAAAGAAGAAAUGCAAAUGAAAUUCCUGAUAACAGUGAUCGACCCCACCCGAGUGUUUUGUUGGCCUCAUCCUAGCAAAUGAGAUAAUUAGGAAACACAGUCUUAGUCGGGCACUCAGGUAAGAAUGAGGGAAGCAGCGCUGUUAGGCAAGCAACUCUGCCUAUGUAAAACAGCCACUUAAUACACUUCAACAAUGUCAAGACGUAUUCAGGAAGCUUAUCUCCUUUGGUGUUUAUUAUGGGGACAAUCUCAGGAUCAGAUUAAGUGUAUGUUUUAUAAUGUAUUUAAUUUUGUUAAUUUGCUUAAAAUCCUUAUUUCAAGAUGUGCACAGGCAGUUCAAAUCAAGAAAGUGCAGCACCCUUCAGUUAUCCCAUUGGGUUCAGUCUUGAAGUCUUUACUUAUGCAAGAGAUCCCACUGGCUUUACCGGGACUACUCUUGUGAGCAAGGACCUCAGAAUCAGGAACUUUAUGAAGGAUUUUCCUUCAUGCUGGAUCCAAAUUCACAUUCUUCUUCCUCAGCUCUGCUGAUAUCACACUAUGUUACUGUAAAUUAUUGACAUCCAAAAAAUGCUGAAUUACCAAACUGGGAUUAGAAAAAAUUUUGUUUAUGUCAAAGAAAUGACUCUGACAUCCUUUCAAGCUUCUGUCGUAUGUUUCAUGCAUCCCUUAUUCUGUAUUAUUGUCACACAUUUGGGCCCAUAGGAAGGUUGAAAGCGAUGACUACCUGAUUCUCACUGUACCGCUAGAAGAGCGCAGCUUAGCUGAUGAAAACAUCAUUUUCUCCUACCUCAAGAUAGCUGAAGUGUUUGCAGUUCUUGCUACUUCAUCAGAGCAAGACACAUUUGUGACUCUGCGAUGAAUGUUUGCUCAGUUUUGCUAGUGAGAAAGACGGGGUUUACCUGUGCAUUUAUUGGCUUGGGGGCAAAUCACACAUCCCAGUCUGCAGGCACCAAGUGUCAUGGAUUAGAGCUGUUUGGAAAAUAGGGUGUUUCUGCCUUCUGCGGAAAAUGUUGACUUUUUGUCAUUCUCCCCCCCCCCGCCCCAAAAAAGGCUGAAGAAUGCCAAUUUUGGCCAGAAAAGUAUAGACAAAAGCUCAAUAUUUUCUGCAGAAAACGCACUUCUAGUGAAAAUUUUAAUUUUGUUGAAAAACCAAUUUUCUGUUGAUAAACAGGUUAGAAAAGGGGAAAUCUUCAACCAGCUUUAUCCAGGAUCCAGUUUUGCUGCACGAGAGGCAGGAUUCAGGGAGCCUGCCUACGCUCAGUGGUACAGAGCACGCUUCUGUGGAGGCUGGCACGGAGGUUUGCCUUCCUGCCCAAAAGCCUUCCCUUUAUUUUGAGGAGGUAGGCAAGAUAUCAGCCUGUGUCUAUUGGGCUAUGCAAAUGAUCAGUGGCUGAAUGUGCUUUGUGCAUACUGAAAUACUGACAAGGAAACACAAGACCAGGUGAGCUUGACAGCAAGACAACAGAACCCUAAGGAGCAGGGAGAGGUACAAGUCAAAGCAGGCGCUACCCUAGAAGUGGGAAUGAAAUUGCAUUACACUGCCCUGGCCCCCAAAUGCUUAAUGAUAACAAGGUAGCUUCUCAGUCAUUUUAAAGUAAAACGUUAAUAAAAACCAUUCUGUGUUUUACUGGAAUAUGUUCUUCCAUGAUGUAAAAAAUACUCUGGAGCAGAAAAAUACAAAGUCAAAAGUUUUAAAGAAAAAUGGGGGGGGAUGUUUUUCCCCACUUUGAAAUAUUUAAACUUUGGCAGAUGCACUGAAGGGUCACUUAUCAGAGGGGUAGCCGUGUUAGUCUGAAUCUGUAAAAGCAGCAGUGAAUCCUGUGGCACCUUAUAGACUAACAAACGUUUUGGAGCAUGAGCUUUCGUGGGUGAAUACCCACUUCAUCGGAUGCAUGUAGUGGAAAUUUCCAGGGGCAGGUAUAUAUAUGCAAGCAAGAAGCAAGCUAGAGAUAAUGAGGUUAGUUCAAUCAGGGAGGAUGAGGCCCUGUUCUAGCAGUUGAGGUGUGAAAACCAAGGGAGGAGAAACUGGUUCUGUAGUUGGCAAGCCAUUCACAGUCUUUGUUUAAUCCUGAGCUGAUGGUGUCAAAUUUGCAGAUGAACUGAAGCUCAGCAGUUUGGAUUAAACAAAGAGUGUGAAUGGCUUGCCAAUUACAAAACCAGUUUCUCCUCCCUUGGUUUUCACACCUCAGCUGCUAGAACAGGGCCUCAUCCUCCCUGAUUGAACUAACCUCUCUAGCUUGCUUCUUGCUUGCAUAUAUAUACCUGCCCCUGGAAAUUUCCACUACAUGCAUCAGACGAAGUGGGUAUUCACCCACGAAAGCUCAUGCUCCAAACGUCUGUUAGUCUAUAAGGUGCCACAGGAUUCUUUGCUGCUCUUGAAGGGUCACUGAAGAGUCUAGAAGGUGUCUUUUCUGUCAGUGUUUCUGAGAGAUGGGCCUGAACCAUAAACCUGGAUCUGAAUAUCUGUGAACGUGGGUCUAUAUCUAGUGUCAAUGUACCUCCUGCCUGCCAGUGGCACUACAGCCUGACCUUGCAGUUGUUGAUCAAACAAGGCCGUGCUGCUUUUAACCUUCACUUUUUAUCCAGAACCUGUCUUUUCCCCCCGUGAUCCAGUGUAGCAAUCCAUUUCCCUCUGAUAGAUGUGAUAACUCUCAUUGGCAUUAACAUGUGGGUAUAAUGUGGGGAAGUGCAAGCUACUGAGUUUGGGUUUUGGUGAAGGUUAAAAGCAGUGGUGAGUGCACCUUGAUCAAAUGAAAUGUGUCUUUGCAAACAAUUGGGUUUUUCCUUUUUACUCAAAUGGAGAAUUCCACAAUGUGACACACUAGAGUAAUGGUAUUAUUUUUCAGUAUACUUGUGCAUUAACCUGCUAUAGUCAAGGAUUCAGUCUGAAUACAGUUGCACCCCCUUGUAGAUCAGCUAGUCCAUCAUAGACUAUCAGGAGAAAAAAGGUAUUUCGGUGAAAGAAGGAGCCUGUAUUUACUUAAACACACUCAUCACUGACCCUUAGCCAAAGAGGAGAGGGAAACUGAAAAGCACCUGGAAAUAGAUUUAUCUUUUAACAGUGACACAUCUUUUGUCUCUAAGAUGCCGCAAGGACUCCUCAUUGUUUUCGCAUCUGAAAAUGUUAGCUAGUCUGAGAAUCCUUCUUUAGUACUAAUUUUUGAAUCAGCCAAACCGCAGCUUAUUGAAGCACAGAAUGCAUCCUUCCUUAACCGGGGGCUAAUUCUUUAUUAUUGAGUUAUUGUUAUUUAUUUAUUUUUUUAAAAAGUAAAGAAUAGAGAUGAAGAGGGAGGUGUGGCCCUUGGUGGGGCAAUCUAGCUAACAGCAACUGCAGCUGUAGUUUCUUUUUAAAUGGUCUUUUAGGAGGGAAUCUGCUUAAGGCGUGGUCCAGCACACGUCCUUCAGCAGUGCCUUAUCCAACCAGUCUUUUUUAUUUAAGCCAGAGGGAAGCAUUAGACAACCCUAAUACUUUUGUUUAAUUAUAAAUGUAGCUUGGUUCAAUGGAGCAUUCAGAUGAAACUCAGUAGCAUGGCAAAGUGAAAAGUCAACAAGGAAAGUGAUUUCAGUCCAUGUGCUUCUCAUGAGAGAUCCACGUGGUUGGAAUGUUAUGUUGAUCAGUUGGAUUUUUCCAAGCUAUUGGACACAGCCGAUUUAUGAGCAAGAGCUUUAAUGCCUACUCAACAGAAAAAGGAAGACUGUUUCCCCUGGUGUCUUCCUUUGCUAUCCUUUAAAGAGGCAGGAUCCCAUCAAACCAGGCACUCGGUGCUCUGAAGAAUCUGCCAUCCCAUUUGUAAAUCUUUGUUAGCGUGAGCUGAUCUGCCUCUGGGAAUAGCGGCCUAAUACAGAAUGGACCAUACGAUUCUAACUUCUUAAUGCAGGUAUUUGGGUCAAACCCCACUGUUUUUACUCAGACAAAACUUCCCCUGACGUCAGUAAAGAUGGCAGAUUUGAACUAUUGUUUCUUAAUUUCUGUAUAUCUGCACUGCAGCUGGGAGGUGUGAGCAGAUAGGCUCUUGCUAGCGCGCUAAAAAUAGCAGUGUGGAACUGACGGCGGCUAAGGUUCGCCAUCUGAACCCGGACCCGGGGGCAAAUGGGCUUGGACUGGGGCAGCUAGCCCGAGCUGCUGCCCAUGCCGGUACUUCCACGCUGCUAUUUUUAGUGUGCGACCGCAAGCUAAGCUGGCACAGGUCCGUCUACCUUUACUGGGAAUCACACCUUCCAGCUGCAGCAUAGACAUCCCCUGUAUGCUACAACACAACACGGUGCUAAUUCAACAAAGCACUUCAGCCCCUCCUUAAUCGCAUGUUUAAGGUCUUUGCUGAUCUGGGAGGGAUUUAAGUACUUGCUUAAAAUUAAGCACAUGCUUAAAUUCUUUUUCCUGAGUGGGGCUUAAGCCAUAUUCUGCAGUCUGUAUGUGAUUUGCGCAAGGGUUUUGCAGGACACCAGGACCCUUUUGCUCAGAAGGAUAAAAUAUAUUUUUCACUUAUUUCUAAGGCCACCAUCACAUGCAACAGCAUUAAUUACAUUAGAGGCAGAAAUGAGCAUUAUAACUGAAAAAUCUCAACAUGUUUCUAACUCAAGAUCGGUGUUUUCAAUCAGUUCACUUCAGCCAGGGGUAGCGCUCCCUCUCUUCACUGUUGUUAGCGCUGUAAUAGAUGUGGGUUUUGGAACUGCAUUCAUUUAAAAUAAUUCAGUGAUUUAGUAAUUAAAAGACCAUCAGAUGCUGUGAUCAGAAUGAAGUGCAGGGCAAUAUCUUUUCUUUGUUCCCCUGUUCUGCAGAAUUCCUCAGGUUAAAAAAAAAAAAGUCACCAAAAUAACAGACUUUUUCAAUUUCAAAGCCAGAGUAUUUGUUGUUCUAGUAAUAAAUAAAUAAAUGAAGUCUUGUGCAAACAAAGCAUUACACUUUGUAUAUGUAAAUCUUUGGAAAAGCAUUAAAACAGUCAUCUCUGAUGUGAAGGAUUAAAAGUCAUUAAACAGAGGGGAGUGACUCUGUCUUCCUGCUGUUUCAUUGUGAUGUUUGUUGUAUAUAUUUGCACAUUAAACUGUGUUCCUUUUUUUCUAAUAAACUAAGAUAAAAUGUAA